AUGACUGCAGCUCCCGGUCUGGUUGUGGCGUCCGGAUCUCUGGGCUUCGCCCUCGGUGCGAAGCAGCCAGACGGCCGCUGCAAGUAUCAAGCAGACUAUGAAGCGGACCUCAGAGCAAACUGUGAUGCCUCGGGCAGCAACAUUGUGCGUAUAUACGGAGCCGACCAGUGUAACACGGCCCAAGAUAUUCUACCUGCUGCAAAGAAGGACUUCGUGGUGAUCCUGGGCAUCCUGGGCAUCUGUUUAAGAGGAAUACCGACUCAUUCUAACUCGGACGGGAAGGAGGCCCGACACGGACAAGUCUUAUGGGCUGCAAUCCUUCGCCGCACCCCCGGCUACGAGGGUCAAGUGUAUGCCGUCAUCGUCGGCUCUGAAUCUCUGUAUCGCGGCAUCGCGGCAAUUUCACCGGCGUGGAGUCGGUGCCUCGAUUUCAAGAUCGGAACGGCGGACAGCUGGAAUAAAUACCAAGAUGGUACGGCCGAUGCUGUCAUCGAGCAGGCCGAUGUUCUUCUGGCCAACGCCUUCUCAUACUGGCAAGGCCAGACCCGGGACAACGCCACUGCGUGCUUCUUCGAGUCCACCAUGCAGGCGUUCGGGCGCAUCCAGAGGGUCAGCGGGUCGACCAACAAGCCUGAGGUAUGAAACGCCAUGCCCGGACAUGACAACGCUCAAGCUUUCUACAGCGACGGUGUCUGCGCAAUGGUGAAUUGGGGCUUCAACACCUUCUUCGAGGCGUUCGAUGAGCCUUGGGAGCCUCACGUUAUUGGCAAGGAUGGCAGCGAGGCGCCCGAGACUCAAUGGGGUGGAGUGAAGGCGGACCGCACGGCCAAGUAUUCGGUCCUGUGUUGA